AUGUUCGGCUCGACCAUCGUCAGCCUGCUUCUUGCAGUCACCUACUUGCCCGUCUCCGUUUCCGCCCAGGAAGUGAGCUGCUUCGCGCCCGAUGGCAAGACACUGGCCGACAAUGAGACCUACGUGCCCUGCAACAAGCUGGGCAUCAACCAGGAAGGCGUCUACUCCAGCUGCUGCAACUUAGAUGGCAAAGCCGACGACCGCGACCUCUGCACGGCCACCGGGCUGUGUCUGAACAAGGGUCUCCUGUUCCGUGGAUACUGCUCGGACAAGACUUGGGAGAGUGACGCCUGCGUCAAGGUGUGCAUGGAUGAGUCGGUUGGCGGAAAAUCAAAUGGCACAGUCGAGAUCACGCCUUGCACCGACGGCAAGUACUGCUGUGGACACAACAAUCUCACCUGCUGCGGCACCAGUCGAGCAUUCGAGCUUCCCACCUUGGUCAACGUCAAGGGGUCAUCAUCGGCAGCAAACGUGACGCAGACCGCCAUCGUUACCGAGACAGCGAUUGCCGAGUCGGCCACCUUCAAGAACGCAACAAUCGGCCUCGCCGUCGUAGUGGGCGUUAUUGCCUUGGCCGCCGCCGGCGCCGUCUUUGCUCUUCACCGGAAGAACCUUGCUCUUCACAAGCAGCUCGACGAGGCCCGAGCUGCUGCCCCUCCUGCCCCAGCAAUGCAGGAAGCGUCUCACGGAGGACAAUACCACCGGGACGAGAUUGAUCCUUACCAAGACUUUGGCGGCGGCUCGACAAUCACUUCGGCGUCGGUGUACGGAGGUGCCCUAUCGCAGCAUAAUAAGACCUUCAGCACCAUCCCGCCCUCCUCUCCUGGCCCGUCCGAGGCGCCUACUCAUAUGCGCUAUUCCGAGCUGGAUGCGACUCACACAUCCAAGAACGAGGCUCCUUCAUAA